UUCAUCGACUGCAUACUGAACCCUUUUGCUAGUUAACUGUCUUUUUUUAGCUUCCCUUUGUGUCGUUCUUCUUACUUCCGUUCCAAUAAAACUUGAAGCGGAAAAAGAAGAAGAACAACAGAAGUAAGGAAAUCUGAGCAUGCGCAGACUGCGACCACGCCAUUGCGGAUGGCGUUUGGACUACUUAGUGUACUUAGUCCAAGGAUGGCGGGAGAAUAAUCUUUGUGGCGAUGGCGAUGGCAGUUGUGCUUUGUUUGGUGGGCCUGUGCCUCGCAGGCGACCUGGUACGGGCUGUGAGGCUUAUUGAAGAGAAUGGCUACCGAGGCAUGUCUCACUAUUAUCACCUGGGAGAUGGGUCUCACGCCUACCAUUUCAAUACUGAAACUUCGUCCUCAUUGUAUUUCCGAUGCGUCUUCUAUGACAAGUUGAAUUGUAGAGGCAGAGCGAUCAUGAGGUUUGGCGGUGCCUUUCGCCACUCUAACCCUCACAACCAUCCUCCAGAUCGGGACUUGGUCAGCAAAAGGCAUUUCCGGGAGAAUGUGCUUGACGAAUGCAGAGAUGCAAAGUACGUGUCUUAUCAGCAGAUACUCGACAAGGCGAGGAGUGAUCGGCGGUACCACCGAAGAGUCAGGUGUACAAUGACAAUGAGGCGUCUGAGAAAUGCCAUGUACAAAGCCCGAAUGGAUUCAUUUCCUCAGAUCCCUGACACCCUCUCUGAAGUGACGCAACUGCUUCUUCAAAGACGAUGGGCGAAAAUUUCAAGCACUGUCGAUGGAGAUGACAACCUUUAUGCUGGCUCAAUAACUGCUUUGGAUGGUAGCCACAAUGUUGUCUUCAUGUCCAGAAGGAUGCGAGAUUUCGCUGGAAGAAUAAGCAUUCUUCAGUCAGAUGGUACUUUCAGGGCCCGCCCAAUUGUGCCACCCACAAGUCAAGUGUUUGUUCUUGUCACUCCCUGGCAAAAUGCAGUAAUUCCCAUAGGAUGGGUCCUGAUGGAGAAGAGGACGUAUUCGGCUUAUAGAGCCGUAAUUCAUUUAUUGAAGCGGUUGUGUCCUGAUCUUCAACCUGGUGUAAUCGUUACUGACUGGGAGUGGCCACAACAACGAGCUUGGCAGGAAGCCUUUCCUAAUGCAAGGGUCCAAGGCUGUCUUUGGCAUCUAUGUCGAGCCUACGUCAGGAAAGUAGCGCAGUUGGGACUACUGAAGUUCAGGCAAUCAUUGCCUGACAUGUUUGAUAUAAUCAGGAAAGUGUGUGGAAUUGCCCUGUUACCAAGACGCUUCUUUUUAGUUGGGCUUGGCCUGUUGAGGGCUGAAGCUUUGCAAACUGAUGUGCUCAUUGCGUACUUAUUGCGGCCAUUUUUCACCUAUGUUGAAACCAAAUGGAUCACCAAUGGAAGACGAAGGUACUGGAUGAACCUGUAUAAUUCAAUGCACCGGACAAAUAAUUGUUGUGAAAGUCAUAACAAGCAAUUGAGAACAGCCGUUGGGGCCUACAGGCCCAACAUCUAUGCUUUCAUCGCAGCCCUAGCCCGACUGGAACACAAUGCUUAUCUCAAUGUGGACCUAAUGGACAUGGGAGGCGUAGCCCGGAGGUCUCGUAGAUGGCAGGCAGUGUUUGCAGACGCCCAGAUAAAAAAUUUGUGCAAUGAAUUUGACAAUGAUGUAUUUAGAAAUAGAAAUGUCACAGUUCAAAACUUCUUAAAUCAGGCUGCUGAUUUGUUUUAUUCUGCGUACAGAUAUCAUCUUGACAGAGCAGGCAGGUAG